AUGAAUUUCGCAAAGGUCAAUAUGAAUCAUAGUAGAUUACAAAAAUCCGAAGUGUCCGUCAAAUCGCAUCCACGAUAUUGGCAAGACGCGGCACGCAGCGAUUUCAAAUUCCCCUUCCCGAACCCGAUACUAGAACUAUUAGAAAAAGAAAAAGUUUCGCAAAAUUCCUUAAUAAAAACAAAACAAACUUCUACCAUCGAAGGUUACGAGGUCCAUACGACAAAUAACAACGCAGAAAUAACCGAAGAAGAUAAAAUACCAGGACAAGUCGUAAAACGAAAAAUCAUCCAUCAACAAACAAUUUUCGUACCCAACUACGGCAUACAAAACCCCACCCCCUACCAAUAUCCAGCUCAAUACCCCGUUGGCACGGGGGACGAAAAAUAUUUGGAAAAACAAACGAUUUCCAACAUCAAAAAUAUAAUCGGCAAUUCCCAAACUUACCCGUACUACCCCCCGGAAACGAACCAACGAAUUUACGGCCCCGGCGAUUACGGUUUAUUCGAAACAGGUAGACAAAACUGGAAUUGGCCGGGAGCCCCCUUUUUCCCCGUUUAUAUAAGAGAUCCCUUCCUCCAAAUGUACAACGCGAUCACUACGAUGAUAGAAUACGGUCCGAACGCCGGUAAUCAGAAUCCCUGCAAAUCAUCGAACGCCAAAACCGAAACUAGAGAAGCGAAAACGUCGACGGACGACACGAAAAUAACAGUGAAACUCGAUACGUCCCCUCAAAUAUCGAUAAACGGCGAUAAUUACAACAACACUUACUUGGAUAUCGAAAAUAUCGAUGUCGGAGCCAGCGGCGAUAGCAGUUUGAAGUUUACGUUGAAUUUGCGUCAAGAAGAAAGGGACGUCAAGGCGGACGAUGACGUUGGUACCGGCAGAAAGGUUUGGGAUAAAAUAAAAUCCGACGGAAAAUCGAAUACUUUGAUAUUGAACGGUAAUUCGUCUAACGCUAGAUACAGCAGUAAAUUCCCGUCGAAUUUUCAACAAGAUUCCAAACCGUUGACGGUUGUAAGGAACCCGUUACCUAAAUCCACCACGUCACCUCCCGCCCACGAAAGCGACGAAUUAGUCGACGAAAGCGAAGAGGAUAAAAGCGAAGAAAUAAUAUCGAACGAUAAUAAUAAAAAGUUGUUUAGUAGGGAUAAUACCGGUAGCGGUGUUUUUAUACAUAAACUCAAAGUGAGGAAAGGGGGGGUGGCUAUAGCGGGACCUGGUGGUAUCGCGACGGCCGGAAGUGGUGGAACCGCCAUCGUUGGACCGGGUGGUGUAGCUUAUACUCAACCGGAUAGUCUCGCUAUCGCGGGAUCUGGAACUAAAGUCAUUGCGGUUGAUCCUAAAGUUAAUUUGGGGGAUUUGGUUAAUAAUUCCACUAAUAAAACCGGUUUUCCAAACUCCAGGAUCGGGAAAGUCGUAGCUGUAGGACCUGUAGUUUAUUAUAACAAAGAAAAAGCCGUCGAAAUAACAACAACGAACUUAAAAUAUUCAAUUUUUCCAGUACAACUACUUCUCCCAAGAUGGUUACCUCAUCCAAUUGGAUUUAAUCAGAUAUAUCCUCCAAACGACAUCCUCCACCCAUUUCCAAACGAUAUAAAGGAUAAAAUAUCGAAACAAACAAAUAACACCCAAUCGUUACAACAAAUUAAAUCAAAUAUACAAAAACCUCCAUCUUUAGCGCCUUAUAGAUUCCAUCCGCUUUUAAAUUACGUCAAAACCGGAAAUACCAUCCGAACUGAUAGAAUCGUACGUCUUCGUGAUAUCGAUAAAAUGAACGAUGACGUCACCACUUUAAUUUUGAAACCAGUAGCGAGAUCAGUAGCGGGAGUUGGGGGUAGGGCAAUGGCCACACCUGUCUCCAAAGCUAUAUUACGUAAAGGACUUAACGUGGAUAUACUAUUUGAACCAGACGCUAUUGCUAUAGCUGGGCCGGGUGGUGUCGCGCAUGCUCAAAGUGAUUUAGAAAUUAACAUGUAUGAAAAUGAAAACAGGGUUAAAUCGUAUUCUAUAACAAAACAAUUUGACAUAAUAAUAUCGAUAAAUCAAAAGAAUAAGAUAACCAUACUUCCUUUUUAUGGAGGUGGAAAAGGACAGUCACUACAAAUAAUCGAAAAACCCGAUGGUUCAGUAGAAACGACGAUAAUAAAAACCCUCGAAAUCCAAAACGAAGAAAAUGAAGAUUUAGAAAACGCAAUUAAUCCAACUGAUCUCGAAAACCCUCCGCUUCCUACAAAAUCCGAUUUGGAAGAAUUCAGCGAGAACAUAAAAAAAAUUCAAAAUUUAGCCGAAAAAGUGAUAACGUUGCAAGAGAUACUGAAACAUCCGGGAAAAGCGAAACCAUCAGAUGAAAUCGCUUAUAAGGAAACCAUGGAAGCUCUAAACGAAUCAGCUUCGAAAUUGGCCGAUAUACAAGAGAAAACGAAUCCCGCUAACCUAGAAAAUAGAGAAGGUAUAAGCGCCUGGUUCGAAAAUAAGAAGAAUCCCCACAACAAACCUAAAUCUAAAAAAAAAGAAGAAGAACAAAAAAGAAAAGAAGAAGAAAAGAAACGGAAAACGGAAGAAGAUAAAAGAAAACAAGAGAAAAUCGAAUUAGAAAAAAUUAAACAAGAUGGCGAUGGGGAUACCGUAGAUAUCGGCCUGCCUCCAGAUGACGCUUCUGUUGCUGAAGCUAAACCGGUUGGAUUAGCAGUUGCAGGUGAAGGAGGAGUAGCGGCUAGUAAACCUAUAGCUACGGCCGUAGUAGGUCCUGGAGGUCUAGCUAUAGCUCGACCCAUAGGCACCGCUAUAGCUGGUGUAGAUCCUUCACAAGCUCUAAUACCUUUAUACGGCGAAAAUUCCAUAAUGGGAUCUAAACCCCCUAAGUCCGGACGUCCAGAAACGGCCAACGAAUAUCUAAAUAGAUUAAUUUCCAAAUUUCAUCAAACUUAA